GACGUGUGCUGUCACCGGUCACAGUUAUUUAUAAACGUAAUCAGUCAUUCCGUAUGUCAACAAAUGUUGACAAAAAUUGACAGUUGAAUUUUCAAAACACUUUGACAUACGUGGAUUUUGAGAAAAUUCAUUCUUGUCUUAUUGAUUCACUGGAACAAUCGGGUCCAAGUGCAACAGAGGUUACUUUCAAUAACGCCAGCAAGUGUUUUUUUUCCUUUUACUAUUUGCAACCAAGGAUUAAAUUAAAAAUCAAUAUAAUAAGUCACGAUGUGUGAUGAUGAGCAAGAUGAAUUGAACGAUCAAUUACCCGAACUUCCAAAAACUGCGGUUUUGGUACAUAGCCUACCAUUACCAAAUGAAACACCAACAGUAAAAGGUUAUGACUGGAAUAAAGGUAUUGACUACCAUGAACUUUUCAAAAGCUAUCAACACUCUGGUUUCCAAGCCACCAAUUUUGGGCUUGCCGUUGCGGAAAUACAGAAAAUGUUGGAUGCACGAAAAGUACCGUUGACCGAUGAACAAAUUGAUUGGUCCGAGCAGGAUGAAUUCAUUAAAAGAAAAACUCCUUGCACAAUUUUUCUGGGAUACACUUCUAACAUGGCUUCGUGCGGAGUUAGGGAUACAAUCAGAUUUCUCGUUCAGCACAAAAUGGUCGACUGUAUAGUAGCAUCUGCUGGUGGCGUAGAGGAAGAUUUGAUAAAAUGUCUUGCGCCAACUUACAUAGGAGAAUUCGAGAUGCAAGGCAGACGCCUGAGGGAAAGAGGCAUCAAUAGAAUUGGUAAUCUUUUGGUCCCGAAUGAUAAUUAUUGCCUUUUUGAGGAUUGGAUUAUGCCCAAAUUGGACGUCAUGAUGAAAGAGCAGAAAGAAAAGGGGACUGUUUGGACUCCCUCCAAAGUAAUAACGAGAUUGGGUGAGGAAAUCAACAAUCCAGAAUCAAUAUACUAUUGGGCAGCAAAAAACAAUAUUCCAGUUUUCAGUCCCGCUCUAACAGAUGGCAGUCUCGGAGACAUGAUGUUUUUCCAUUCUUAUAGUAACCCCGGCUUGAUCAUUGACAUAUUAUCAGAUCUGAGACGACUGAACACAAUGGCGAUGAAGGCAAUCAAUUCAGGGAUGAUAAUCGUAGGAGGUGGUCUCGUCAAACAUCAUAUUUGUAACGCUAAUUUGAUGAGAAACGGAGCUGACUUUGCGGUUUUCUUAAACACGGCUUCGGAGUUUGACGGUAGUGACAGUGGCGCGCGUCCUGACGAAGCGAUAUCUUGGGGAAAAAUUCGAAAAGAUGCAGAACCGGUUAAGAUUUACGCGGAAGCAUCACUCAUCUUUCCACUCCUCGUGGGUGAAACUUUCGCUCGCGAGUAUCAUUCCUCGCGCGAGCGCACAGUUUCGGAUGUUUAGGAAAAAUCUCGACCAAAUACAUUUCAAGUAAAACAACAAAAAAA